GUUCUAUACUAAACGCAGCGUCAAAUACUUAAUACAAAGGUUGUGUUAACAUUUAAGCAAUCCAAUAAAAAGAGUGAUAAUGUGAAAUUAAAUACAAUAAAAAUGGUUAAAAUAUAUUUAUUGUGGUUUAUAAUUUAUAAUUUAAGUAUAAAAACAUAUGAGGCCGAUGUGCUUAAAAUAGGAGCAAUAUUUGAUAAAACAAGCCCAUACAAAGAAAAGGCAUUUCUUCUUGCCAUAGAUGACGCAAACGAUAAAGCAACAAAUGAUGAAUAUGAAUUUGAAGGUAUAAUUAAAAAAAUAGAGUAUGACGAUUCAUUUCAAUCAAUGAAUGUGACCUGCACCUUGAUACAAGAAGGAGUUGUGGGCAUAUUGGGCCCAGUAUCUGAAGACAACUCCAACGUAAUGCAAUCAAUAUUGGAUCUGAAAGAAAUUCCUCAUAUUGAUGUUAGAUGGGACGAUCAACCGUUAAAUGGAACAGUUGUAAAUGUGUAUCCCUAUCCGGAUGUGAUGACGAGGGUUUAUUUAACAAUAUUAAAUGAGUGGCAAUGGGAGAGUUUUGUUAUACUUUAUGAGAAUAAUGAGAGUUUGUUUAGGGUUGCGGAAUUACUAAAGUUGUUUCAUGAUUCUGGGAGUAAAAUUGUUGUUAGGCAGCUUGAUAAACAUAAAACAGGAAAUUAUAGAUCGACUUUAAAGGAAGUGUGGAGAUCUGGGGCAACGCAUUUUAUGUUGGAUUGUUCGAUAGACAUUCUUGAAGCAGUUCUUCGCCAAGCACAACAAAUUGGCCUAAUGACAAGCAAACAUCACUACAUUAUUACAAACCUGGAUUUGCAUACUUUCGAGCUAACACCGUUUACCUACAGCGAAACCAACAUCACUGGGAUGAGAUUUAUAGAUCCAACAAACGAAAUGAUAAUGCAAGUAGCUUCGAGAAUAUUUUUCACCGAAUCUGAAAUCGAGGAAAAUAUGGCCAACAAAUACGAAGCCGGUUACAAGCUUCAACUGGAAACAGCUUUAGUUUAUGACGCAGUCAGUAUGUUUAUUGAAGCUGUAAAAAGCGCUCCAAAAAUCAGUUCACCAAGUAUAAAUUGCUAUGAAAACGAUGGAGGAUGGCCUUCUGGUCAAACUGUUGUCAAUUUAAUGAAAGGGUUGGAGUAUGAAGGAUUAACAGGUAAAAUAAAAUUCGACAAUAAGGGCUUCAGAACAGAUUUUGGUUUGGAUAUAAUCGAAUUACAUGAAGAAAAUGUCGCUAAAGUUGGUACAUGGAACAGCUCUGAAGGGUUAAAUAUCACAAGAACCUAUUUAUCUGAAAAUAAGGUGGACGAUGAAUCUCUGACUGAGCCCUACGGCAUGCUAAAAUUCUCAGCAGAUCAAUUGUAUGGAAACGAUAGAUUUGAAGGUUUUGGAAUCGAUUUGAUUCACGAAUUAUCUUUAAUGGAAGGAUUCAACUAUACCUUUAUCAUACGUGAUGAUAAACAAAAUGGAAAAUACGACCCGGAGUUAAACAAAUGGACUGGAAUGAUUGGAGAUGUGAUAGACGGAGUUGCUCACCUUGCUAUCACCGAUAUGACUAUUACGUCUCAAAGAGCGGAAGUUGUGGAUUUUACGACCCCCUUUAUGAACUUGGGAAUAAGUAUCUUAUACCAGAAACCUAAAAAAGCUCCUCCAAGUUUCUUCUCCUUCGCCGAUCCCUUUGCUUUUACGGUCUGGAAAUUAUUAGCGGCAGCGUAUUUUGGAGUUUCCGUUAUUUUAUUUAUACUAGGACGAAUUUGCCCUGAUGAAUGGACCAAUCCCUAUCCUUGCAUUGAAGAACCUGAAUAUUUAGUCAACACUUUAAGUUUGGGAAAUUGCUUUUGGUUUAUUACUGGCAGUAUUAUGCAGCAAGGUUCUGAAAUAGCACCAUUGGCAAUUUCUACAAGAAUGGUCGCAGGUAGUUGGUGGUUUUUUACGUUAAUUAUGGUAUCAUCUUACACUGCCAAUUUGGCUGCUUUCUUGACCACCGAAAGUCCCGACAGUCAGUUUAACACUGUAUAUGAACUUGUUAAAAAUGCGGAAGAUAAAAGAAUUAAGUACGGUGCUAAACUUGACGGUGCAACCUUCAAUUUCUUUAAGAAUGCAACCAAUAACGAGGUCUAUCAACAAAUUUAUGCGUACAUGGAGGAUCAUAAAAGUGAAGUUAUGGUUUUGGAUAAUAAGGAUGGCGUGGCGAAGGCUAAUGAAGAAAAAUACGCGUUUUUUAUGGAAUCGGUUUCGAUUGAGUAUGAAACUCAGAGAAAGUGCGAACUUAAUCAAGUUGGAAAUUUGCUUGACGAAAAGGGUUAUGGGAUAGCAAUGAAAAAAAAUUCUCCAUAUAGAAAUCCUCUUAGUAAAGCCAUAUUGAGAUUACAAGAAACGGGUAAAUUAGCAGCUUUAAAACGAAAAUGGUGGGAAGAGAGAAGAGGCGGAGGACAAUGUGCUGUAACAACACCUUUGAACCUGAAGAACGUGGAGGGAGUAUUUUGGGUGUCAAUAGGAGGAACUGUGAUAGCCUGCAUCCUGGUGUUCAUCGAAUUCACCUCCCACAUAACAAAAGAAUGCGUGAAAACCAAAACGCCAUUUAGAGUGGCUUUCAUGAAGGAGCUUAAGUUUUAUUUCACAUUUUCUGGGAUGGUGAAACCGGUGGUUUACAAUUCGGAAAAAGACAGCGUCAGUAGAAAAUCUGAUGAAGCCGUACUAGAAAAUUGCGUGGCAAAAGGAGAAAGUACAGAAACAUUAAAAACAUUUCCUCCAAUAAUUGGUAGUAAAUUGGUUUUGGAAAGGCAAGCACAGAGAGCAGUGGAAGCGGGAGCAAGUUUUGGCGGCGUCGACCGACCGACCCCUCGGUUCAUGGGGGUGGGUGGUGGCGGAGCGGCCGCCAGAGCUAAAGUGGGAUUAGCAGAGCCGGAGCCAAUCAAAGACUGGCAGAGGGUGCGUUCGUGUUUUGGGCCCCCGAUUCUCUUCUCCGACAAUAAAAGGGGAAACCGCAAGGAAAUUCUGUAUGCUCUCGGUGCCUUCUUGGAAACGUCUACGUGCUUUAUUUAUUACUAG